GUGGUGUCAACAGAGUCGUCAGUCGUGAACUCCCGUUUAAAUUUACGUAUAACUUACUUGGAAAUUACUAGAAUCAACCGAAGGAAAGACUUUCGAAAAUGUCCCAACAAAAUGAUGUCAACAUGCAGGAUGAUGAGUCAAUACAAUGGAUGAUAAGAAAAGUAAAGGGAAACGUGCAAAGACUAAGAAGAAAGUCAAUAAAAAGACGGCUAAAGUCAACCCCACCGAAAACGACAAAGAAGUGAUUCAAGUUUUCCCUGCUGGAGAUGGCAAGAAAACAAUUGUGGACGAAUCUACAGUAGAAAUUGCAGGAGUCAAUACAUCCCAGUUUAAUGACGAUGAAGGUACUGACAAAUUAGUACCAGAUGAAACAGAGAAAGAAGCCAAAGACAAUGGACAGGUUGAAACAGCAACAGCAGAAACUACUGCUGAAUCUCGAAAACCACCUGAAAGUAAGAAUAUUGACAAGAACAAGGCAAAGGGACAACCGAAACCAAAAGGAAAAAGCAAAGCUGCCAAAAAGAAUAAAGAAAAGAAGAAGGAAAUUGAACCCGCAGUGCAAAAGGCCGAAACAAUUGCACUGCUUGCACAAGUUUUUGCAUUGGCCAACGACAACCCGAUUGCCCCGAUUGCUCCGGUUGGUCCUGGUGAUGACGGACAACAAGCUAAUGCUGAUGAGGCUGAAGUCCCUGCUGGUGGCGAUGUUCCGGCUGACGAUAUUGAAUAUGAUGGUGAGGGUGACGAGGGCGAAGGAGAAUGGGAAACUGCUACGGCACCACCAAUUACCCCUGAACUAGAACAUGGACAACCUGAUCAGAAAAAAACGAAAAGAGGUAAAAAUAAGAAAAAAGAAAAAGGUACUGGAACCGGAGAGGGUAAACCAGAAAAGUCGGACAAAAAGAAGAGAGGCAAGAGCAAAGAGAAGAAAGAUAAGUCGGCGUCGAAAUCUAAAUCUAAAAAGAAAGGUGGCAAGAAAGGCAAAGGUAAAAAAGGAAAGUCCAAGGCUUCGAAAAAGAAAAAGCAAAAGAAGACCGAAGAUAAUGAAGAGGAAGAAUGGGUACACAAAAUGGACAGAUCAUUUCUGCAUGAAUGUCAUUCUUUAAUGUAGCAAGAAAAAUAAUUUGUUGUUAAUAUGUCUUGCCUUACUCUUGUGUAU